GCUGCCCCAGGCAGGACCUCUGGGUGCAUCAUGGAGGAGUAGCUCAACUCUUCUUUUCCUCUAGAGCAGAACCCGACCCUUGCAGCACCGUAUUGUCUGUGAGCCUUGCAGAGUUCAGUAUCUGGAGGAUCGCCAGACGAGCCAGAAAAAGUGAUUGGGAGCUAGAGCGGAGUCGUAGAGUACCACUUUGCGACUUUUGCCGAGCUGCUGCAGAUUCAGUGGCAGAGGCAGAGGCAGAAGAAGCAGGAGAAGCAGAAGAAGAAGCAGCGGCACCCGAUUGGCUACAAUAGUAGAUCAUCAGCCGGACCAUUGGCCGCCGCAUGAGCUAAAGCUCAACUCUCGCCACUGUUCGUCAAAUCUCGCACCGCUUCUUCUUUCCUAUCACGACUUCUGCGUCGCAGCAGCAGCAGCAGCAGCACCGCCAGGUCCUUGGGGACGCCGCUGCGCUGCGCCAUAUUCAUGAUGGCAUAUGGAUUUGGCAGAGAUCGUUCUCAUGCGCGCUCCUCUCCUCUCCAGGAACACGUGUUCCGGUCCACUCUCUAAGGCGCUCGCCCCGUUCUGUCGCCGUCGCCACUCGCCACUCGCCACUCGCCACUCCUCCGUGAGGCAAGCCGUGAUUAUUACGGCCCUCCGCCUCUACGAUCCAUAGCACUAGCACUGGAGUGGUAGUCAAUCGUCCCUCCCUCUAGGCCCUGCCGCCUCGCUGCCUCCUCCUCCUACCGCUUCCCUCGCGCAUGAAGCGAGAGCUCGAGGGACAGGCCCGGACGGACAGCUACAAUGAAAUUGCGUACAUGUACUGGGCCACAUCGAGUGCGCGUCGGUCUGUCCGUCCGUCUGGCGUAGCGUAGAUGGUUGCGGUUUCACCUGAUCGCUCGCAUUCGCGCUCGCACGCCGCGACGACCAGCAGGAGACUCGUAACUGUCACCAAGACGAGCUGGAGGACGAGGAACGAGGAACGAGGAGGGAGGGAGGGAGGGAGGGAGCAGGAGCAGGAGCAGGAGCGGAAGCGAUUCUCGGCCUACCCAUCGGUGCAGCAGCAGCCGAUCCAUGAAACGACGCACGCCGGUCGACGGUCGGGGAAUAAUGUCACGGUGCUCGCUCGGCUGUGGCCAUUGACAUUGACAUUGUCGUUCACUCAUUCGCAGUACUCUCUCGCACGCUGCGUCUGAGCGGGAAAGGGCAGCAGCAGUGGAAGCAGGAGCUGGAGGACGAGGCCUUGUUCUUUGUCUUGGCUCGUUGAUGGACCUGCCGAGAUCACCGCACCGGCAGCAGCAGCAGCAGCAGCAACAGCAGCAGCAGCAAUUGGAGCCUGUCGACUGCUGGUGGAGUGAGCGCGGCGGAGUUCAAGAACUUGCACCGCGACUCUGCGCCUCGCUCCUAUGAGCUCGAGCUUGCGGGCCGGGACAAAGACGAGGCGUAAUCCGCGAGAGAGGCAGACGAGCGACUCGUGUGACAGUGCCCGGGCCUCCCGAUCGCGCAAUCGGGGAGGCAGAAUAACAGGAGCGGACGAAUAAUGCGACGGAGGCUCUGUGCCGCGUCAGGCCCUGCGAAUGGACUCCAGGGAGCGAGCUAGCCGAGGAGCAGCAGGGCCUUGGAGACUUGGCGCAUUGCAGAGCCAGGAGGGGAUUGUAUCAUCGUGAAUGGAAAGCGACGGGCGUCGAGGAGAGUCGCCUCGACUGCAUUAGCGCGCACACCCCUCGGAAAGGAGAUGGGAUUGGUGGUGAGGCCGAAUGGCAUAUCUGGAAAAAGCGGGGGAUCCGCGGCGACGAGCGAAAAGAAGCGGUCCUCGAAGAUUUCGUCCGCCCCGACGACGACGUCCACCUCCUCCUCCUCCUCCUCGCCGUCGGCCUCGACAACCUCUCGCAAAGGCUGGACGCUCUUCAUUCUCAAGCAGAAUGUUUCGUGCGAGCAGCAGCAGCAGCAGAAGAAGAAGCUGUCGCAAUCCAGCAAUUCCUCGGCCAAGCCUCUCGACGCAGCUGCCACCACGGCAGCAGCAGCAGCUGCGGCGGCUGCUGCUGCUGCUGCCUCGGAUCCCUCGGCAGCAGCUCCUCUGAAGCAGCUGCCCAGCAACAACAAUUACUCGCGCGGAGAUGCACAGCAGCAGCUGCAAGGGGCGGAGAAACAGGUCGACGGGGCGCAGGACAGCGCGGGGGACAUCAGUCAGAGGAAGGAGCGCUUGCGCGGGCUGGCGGCGAUUGUGCAGGACGUUCUGUCGCGGUCGCUGAGCGACCUGCGCAGGGAGUAUGGCCAGAGCAAGGGGCCUCGAGGCGAGGACGACACCCCGUCGGAAAUCAGCAGCGUCAGCUUCCGAAUGCAGCUGCUCGACCGCUGCGACACGGGGCUCGGCUCCGCUCGCCUGCGCAGCGCCUCGUCCUCGUCCCUCGUCCCUUCGGACGCCGACACCUCCUUCCGCUACAGCCAGCGAAUGGCCCCCGAGAGCACCGCGAAAAUUGAAGGUCUGAUUGACAGGGGCAAGCGUGCAGACGACAGUUGCAGAAUAUCCGGGAGCCGCAAAUCUUCGAGGGCGGAUGAGUAUGAGACUGUUGUGGAGCGACUGAACGAUCCGCGAGCCACCAUAAGAUUGCUCGCUGCGACCGCAGUGCGAGAAGCGACCAGAAACAGCGCGCAAGCGAGGGAAGACCUAUGGAGAGCGGGAGCUAUACCUCCUCUUGUCAAUCUCCUGCAGGAACAGGACAUGGGUGUCUGCUACAUGGCCACAGUAGCUCUGCUGAACCUGGCCAUUGGAUCCAUCAGGAAUAAGCAAGCUAUGGCCGAGUGUGGGGCCAUUGCGAUCCUGGUGCGCUUGAUGAGACCGGAAUCUUGUACCUCGGUUCGUGAGAGCGCGACGACCGUGAUUCUGAGCCUAGCUGCCUCGGAUCAACUGAAGCCGAUGAUCGGGACGUCAGGAGCGAUCGUGUAUCUGUCAGACAUCCUCACCAAUGGAACCACGCAGGGCCGAAGCGAUGCCGUGCGAGCCCUGCUGAAUUUGUCCAUUUUCAAGGGAAAUCGGCCUCCCAUGGUGCAGGCCGGCACCAUCGGCCCGCUGUACAGAGUGAUCCUGAGAGACGCAAAAGACACGGCCGAGAAAGCGGUGAUUCUGCUGAGCCAUCUGUUCAUGUGCAAGGAAGGUCGAGAGACCAUCACCUCGGAGGAGCACACGGUGUCUGUGCUCAUCCAGGUGCUCAAAAGGGCAUCCUUCUCUCAAAGUUGUAAAGAGCACACCGUCGUGAUGCUACUAUCGCUUUCGACGAAGAUGACAGUGCGGAGAGAGGCCGUCUUUGCGCAGGGGAUUCUGCCGUCCUUGGUGGAAAUUGCUCUUCUCGGCUCGAGCCCCAAGAUGCAGGAGAAAGCUGCCAAGUUACUGAGGAUCAUCAAAGAGCAUCGCACGGAUGAAGGGAUUCUCUCCAUGGAUAGGAUGAGUGAUUUAGAUGAUAAACUACCUCUCGAGAGGCAGUAUUCCACCAGUAGUACGGUGGAGACCACAACCAGUACCUACACUAUGCCGCCGGCUGCCAAGGGACAUGUAGAUCGCUCUGUAUCUGACAAGGUAGAGGUGACCUGCAAAGAUGGCAAGGAGCUCAAGUAUUCGAGUUUUUUCCGGUCUCUGAUUUCUCGAAGCUUAAGAUCAGAUUACUUGACGUGUCGUGCAGUUUCCAUCGACGAGUCCACUAGAGUCCCUUGUAAAAUUCUUAGAUCCUUCUGCUCACAAGAUUAAAGUCGUCCAUAUAUCCGAUGUAUAAACUCUUUAGAAGUUUUUGAAAUACACAUGCACC